AGUCAAGUAUCGCUCAACUUGCUAACUACAAGCUGAUGUGAUCCAUGCUCUGAGGAUCUCUGAAAAACUGAUUGCUGUUUAGUCGUAUUCACAAGACUCUGCUUUUUGAAGACAGUUCUUAUUUUUCAAUAUAUCCUACACUACACUUCCAUAUACUGGAAGUUUUUGGGUUUUUUUUGCAGGCACAUUCUAUUGAGUUCACUGUGCAUCUUUGUUGGCCUUUGUUGGCCUGUUUCUUCAUCUGGGCAGGUCAGAAAAAAGUAGAACUUGAACUAUGCCUCACAUCAUGCAAAAGCCUACAAGAAACAGCUGGUCAAAGACCAUGGUGAGCUCAUGUUUGGCAAAGCUUCUUAUUUCUAUAGUGGUGAUGCAAAUUUCCACAGAGGUGUCCGGCUCAGGCUUGGAUCCAAUUUUUAAGUAUAUUGACGAGCAGCAAAAUGAAUUUGUACAGAGGCUGAAGGAAUGGGUGGCUAUACCAAGCGAUUCCAGUGAACCCCAAACAUGGGACGAAGUGGUUAGAAUGCUAAAUGUGACAGCAGACAAGAUCAAAAUGUUGGGAGGAAAUAUUGAGUUUGCAGAUGUGGGAAGUCAAAGGAUGUCUAAUGGGCAAUUAGUUCACCUGCCACCUGUAAUAUUAGCUGAACUCAAGAAGGACCCAAAGAAACCCACCCUCUGUAUUUACGGGCAUGUUGACGUGCAGCCUGCUAAGAAGGAGGACGGCUGGACCACUGACCCAUACACGCUGACAGAAAUCAAUGGUAACCUGUAUGGACGUGGAGCUUCAGACAACAAGGGCCCAGUUUUAGCCUGGCUCCAUGCUGUGGAAGCUUAUCAAGCACUAAAACAGGAAAUUCCAGUGAACAUCAAGUUUAUUAUUGAAGGCAUGGAAGAGGCUGGAUCCAAUGGCCUGGAUACACUCACCGAGCAACGGAACAUGACCUUUUUCUCUGACGUGGACUAUAUAGUAAUCUCAGACAAUAUCUGGAUGAGCAAGAAACCUGCUCUCACAUAUGCAACCAGGGGAAACUGCUUCUUCUUUGUAGAGGUCGAAGGUCAAAAGCAAGAUAUGCACUCUGGAGUGUUUGGUGGUUCCAUUCACGAAGCAAUGACAGACUUGGUAGCUUUGCUUGACAGCCUUGUGGAUUCCCGUGGUCGCAUUCUGGUCCCUGGUAUCAAUGAAGCUGUCGCCCCUCUCACAGAGGAAGAGGAGAAGAGGUAUCAGGGGAUUGAGUUUGAUCUGGAAGCACAUAAAAAGGAUUCUGGUGUGACAAAAUUCUUAUAUGACACCAAGGAAGAAAUACUUCAGCACCGUUGGCGCUAUCCAUCCUUGUCGAUCCAUGGAAUUGAGGGAGCUUUUUCUGAUCCUGGAAGCAAAACUGUUAUCCCUAGAAAAGUGAUUGGAAAAUUUUCAAUCCGUCAAGUUCCUAACAUGGAUCCUUCAGAGGUGGAAAAACAGGUCACAAAAUACCUUCAAAAACUGUUCGCUGAGCGAAACAGUCCCAACCAGCUGAAAGUGACUAUGCCUAUUGGGGCAAAACCAUGGGUAGCCAAUGUGAGUGAUCCUCAGUUUGUAGCUGGACGCAGAGCAGUAAAGACAGUAUUUGGAGUGGACCCUGACCUGAUUUGUGAAGGAUCCACCAUUCCCAUUGCUAGAAACUUUCAGGAUGUGACAGGCAAGAGCAUCAUAAUGCUACCAAUAGGGGGCGCAGAUGAUGGCGAGCAUUCACAGAAUGAGAAAAUGAGCAGGUCCAACUACAUACAAGGAACAAAGCUGUUCGCAGCUUUUUUUUAUGAACUUUCUCAACUUCCACAGAAAUAAUGAACAACUGAGGCUCACUCAGGAUGGAAUAGAAUAGACUAGCAUUGAUUAACUAUCCAAUAUGGUGUAGAACCUAGAUGAAUAUUAUGUUAAGUUGGUAGUCAAAGUUCACAAAGGGCCAUGGUUCAUAAGGUGGUAUGCAGUACACCCAAAGUGAAACAAUUUGAUUUAUGCAUGGAAGAUAUGUGCUCCAUAGCAUGAUGAAUGUAGAUAUCUUGAGUUGGACUACUAGGCUUAACCUUCAUGAAAAGUCACAAAACAAAAAACCUUGACACAAAUUGACUGGAUUUUCCCAUUCUACUUAUCAAGCUGUUGAAAAUGCCUCUUUGUCUUGUGCACAUUAGUUCACAAAAGGUGUAUUGUAUUCCAUACUCAUGGACCUCUUUUAUGGCAUAUUCUGAAAUGGGAAUGUCCUGAAUCACCCCCUGAACAAACUAUACCACCCUUGAAUUUGAAUCAUGAUUCUAUAAAGUACAGUAUAUAUGGUAUUAUGUCAUUAACAUGUGUUGUCCUGCAUUUCACAUCUCAGUUAACAAUAUAGACCAAAUAUGGCCUUGAUGUAACAAAUGUAAUAAAAUUAUAAUUCAUUA